CGCGGUGAGGCGGCUCGGCCAUGGCGGCGGCGUGGCUCUGCACAGCGAGGACUAAAGUCUGCACGGCACCAGCUUCUGCGAGAUGUCUACGGAAGGAGCUCUGGACAAGGUCAUGGAGAAGGGAAGACGCUCGCCUGCCCUGGAUUUUUGGUUCGUGGGAGUGUUUGCAGUCACAAAGCCAGCGAGUUUGUGGUGUCAGUAAUGACCUCAGGAGACUGCAAGAGCCGUCUGUGUGUCUGUACCACUCGGCCUCUGCUGCUGUGGUCCAGCAGAAGGCUGUGGACGGGAGGACAGAAGAGUUCAAACUGGUCUACAGGUUCCCAGGGAUAAAAUACUGCAGGGUCCUGUCAAGACUGAAGCUGCUGCAGACUGCCACCUCCAUGGUCAUGCUGCCUCCUAUCUGCUACCUCUACCUGCAGGGCCAGGUGUCUCAGAAUGUCCUCUUCUACACAACCGGCAUCGCUGUCUUCGCUGGGGCAAUGUUGUAUGGUAUGAGCUACUUUUUCAGAAGAAUUAUUGGAUUAAUCUACUUAAGCGAAACUGGACAAACUGUCAGAGUGGCCCACUUGACAUUUUGGGGAAGACGUAAUGAUAUUUACUGCCCCAUAGAGACAGUGGUGACUUUGGAUGAGGUUGGAGAUAGCAAGGACGAGCUACUUCACCAGUUCAAACGGUCUAACAGUACAGAUACUUUGUACUUUACAAUUAAGUAUGGCCAGAUUGUAGACAAAGAGAAAUUUACUCAAAUAUUUGGAGAACUUGUGUGACACAGCAGCUCAUUUCCAGUGAUUUUCCAUGUUGCAUGUUCAUUGUGCUUAUUGUUCCAUGAGGCUUUAGUUUACCAAACUACACAUCUCUGUCCUUUUCCUGUGGAAAGCCUGCUGUAAGUGCACCCAGUGUAGAAAGUCACAGUGGUGAAGCACAGCCCGCUGGAUUAAAGGUCUUGCAGCUUGUGUACGGUGUGAGGAGUGUCUGUUCCAUGUCAGAUUCAGUAAUAUCACAGCAUUCCAAGCCUGAACUGUCCUUUGAAUGUGCCAUGGGAGGCCAAAUUACUGGGGCUGACCCUGGCUCUUUCAGUUGGCCUCUUUGGUUGUUAUGAAGCAUGAGAAAGCUCUUGAAAUGAAAUGCAGGACCUGCCAGAGCAUCCCCACUUCAAACUCAGUGUUUCUUUUAGCUAAUUUCAGGUUGGCUAGGAAGCCUCUGGAAAUACAAGCUGGUCUGGUACAUCCAUGUGAUGAGUACUGCUGAAUCUCAGAGAGAGGCAUGCUCACGUGUUCAUGCAGUUGAGGGUGCUGGGAAGGUGUGUGGGCUGUCCUGGCCUCAGGAGGGCCCUCGAGGAUGGAACUGGGCAAAACAAGGAUGUGUGCUACAAAAGACACUGGCAGCUCAGCUGCCUAGUUAAAGGCUGGGACAAUAUUUCAGGAGCCUCUUGCAAAAAUUUCCAUUAAUUAUUCAUGGCAACAGGAAAAGUAGCACCUGUCUCCAUGAAGGAUUGUGGUCUUAUUCCAUGGUACUGGUAUGACUUCUUUUCCAAAACCUCAGUAGAAAUGAGGACUUUAAACCCAAGAAAGAACCAAACCUAUCAUGUAUAAAAUGUAACACAUUUUUUGAAUUGUCAGAAACAAGAUAACUCCUUACAACCCUCUUCCAGUUCUGACUUCAUCUGAAACUGGCAAAUAAACUGACUCUCACCA